CGCCACUUGCCUUUGCCUCCCUUUCCCCCCGCCUCGAAACCCGAGCGAGCUUUAGCCUUGUGCCGCACACUUCCCACUUCCGUUCCACAACACCCACACGCGACCGAGGCGAGCGAGCCUGCGCCAUGGCCGCGUCCGAGUCCGUGCCGUUCUGCGUCAAGGGCGGCGGCGGUGCGCCGAGGCCGCACGGCGGCCACCUGGUGCUCCCGGCGGGGCGGGUCCGGGAGGGGCUGGCGUUCGCGGCGGGCGCCGUGGUGGCCGCGCUCGUGCUCCUCUCCUCGGCCUCCGUCCUCGCGCCGCCGCCCGUGCCCAACAUCGUCUCCCUGCCCGUGCCGUCAUCGUCAGCCAACGCCGACGCCGCUUCAUCCUCGCCGUCCGCCUCCGUGGCCGCCGUCGGGAAGGGCCCGCGCACGUUCUACGACGACCCGUCGCUGUCGUACGCCGUGGCGGUGGGUCAGCGGCGGCGGCGCGACAUCACGGACUGGGACGCGAAGCGCGCGGCGUGGCUGCGGACGCGGGGCCUGGACGGCGCGUCGGCGGCGGCGGGGGUGGCGGGGCGGGUGGUGAUGGUGACGGGGUCGCAGCCGGAGCCCUGCAAGGGCCCCGGCGGCGACCACGCGCUGCUGCGGUUCCUCAAGAACAAGCUGGACUACUGCCGGCUCCACGGGAUCGAGCUGCUCUACAACACGGCGCUGCUGGAGCCGUCCAUGGUGGCGUACUGGGCCAAGAUCCCGGCCGUACGCGCCGCCAUGCUGGCGCACCCGGACGCCGAGUGGGUGUGGUGGGUCGACGCCGACGCCGUCUUCACCGACAUGGACUUCUCCCUCCCGCUGCACCGCUACGGCGGCCACAACCUGGUGGUGUACGGGUGGGAGCGGGAGGUGUACGAGGAGCGGUCAUGGGUGGGGCUGAACGCCGGCGUGUUUCUCAUCCGCAACUGCCAGUGGUCGCUGGACCUGAUGGACGCGUGGGCGCGGAUGGGGCCCGCGUCGCCGGAGUACGCGCGGUGGGGGAAGACGCUGCGGGAGGAGCUGGAGGGGAAGCCCAACGACGAGUCGGACGACCAGUCGGCGCUCGUGUACCUGCUGUCGCGGCACCCGGAGCGGGCGCGGUGGUCCAACGCCACGUUCCUCGAGUCCGGCUACUACUUCCAGGGGUACUGGGCGGAGAUCGUGGACCGCCUCGACGGCGUGGCGGCGCGGUACGAGGCCGUGGAGCGCGGCGGGGUCGGGCGCGGGCUCCGACGCCGCCACGCGGAGCGCGAGCACCUCCUGUACGCGGCGGCGCGGCGCGAGGCGGUGAGGCGGCGCGACGGGAGUGGCGGCGGCGUCCCUGGGCCCGACGGCGGCGGGCAGAAGGGGUGGCGGCGCCCCUUCGUGACGCACUUCACGGGUUGCCAGCCCUGCGGCGGCGCGCCCAACCGGAUGUACACGCGGAAGCGGUGCGCCGAGGGGAUCCGCCGCGCGCUGGCGUUCGCGGACGACCAGGUGCUCCGCGCGUACGGGUUCCGACACGCCGCGCCGCUCAGCGACAGCGUCGCGCCGCUGCCGUUCGACUACCCCGCCGCGCACUGAUGAGGGUGGCACCGGCACCGUCGUCCGUGGACGGUGGUCUAUACGGCUAUAAAUGAGACAAGCUAUGGAUGCAGAUUGUGUCAGUCAUCAGUGUGUGCUGUAAAUCUUGGAUUUGGGUGUCAUCAUACUCGUACCGUCAGGGAUUUGGGCCUGUUAUGAUGAGAGUGGGCAGAUUUGGGCCUCUUUUUGUAACGCGUGGAUUUCGUCCAAAGACUGAAAUCACUGUGUUGUCGUGUUAGAGUAGGGCCCUGUUUAGUUCCUAAAAGUUUACUAAAUUCUUUUAAGA